UGGCAGCCAAAUAGCAAGACUCCCACAGAGCCCUACCCAGUGAAGCUGUUCACAGCCUUUAAAGCGGUUUGGAUUUGAAUGAUUUUGAAAUUGACUAAUAGUUAUAAACAGUAUACUUGACCGACCUUGCAUUUGAAGGAAUUAUUUUUUCUUUUCUUUCCCACUUCUUAGGUUUGAGAGAGUUUUUAGGAAUGGAUUUAAAACCUGCCUGACCGUGGAACCCCCCUCCCCCCCCGGAGCCACUGCUGCGCUUAUUGCAGAAGUGACCAGAACACUACCUUCUAGAAGUAAUGCCCACAGAAAGCGGAAGUUGUUCAACUGCUCGUCAAGCAAAACAAAAACGCAAAUCACAUAGCCUUUCUAUACGAAGAACUAACAGCUCAGAACAGGAGAGGACAGGCUUACCAAGAGAGAUGUUAGAAGGACAAGAUUCUAAACUGCCUUCCUCAGUUCGCAGCACACUUCUGGAACUGUUUGGUCAAAUAGAAAGAGAAUUUGAAAAUCUUUAUAUUGAAAACUUAGAAUUGCGUAGAGAAAUUGAUACUCUUAAUGAACGCUUAGCUGCUGAGGGACAAGCGAUUGACGGGGCAGAACUGAGUAAGGGCCAACUCAAAACGAAAGCUAGUCACAGUACCAGUCAGCUUUCUCAGAAACUAAAGACCACUUACAAGGCUUCCACCAGCAAGAUUGUGUCUAGCUUUAAGACCACCACAUCGCGGGCUGUCUGCCAGCUUGUGAAGGAGUACAUUGGCCACAGGGAUGGCAUCUGGGACGUCAGUGUUGCAAGGACACAGCCUGUGGUGCUUGGGACUGCAUCUGCUGAUCACACAGCUUUGCUGUGGAGCAUAGAGACAGGGAAGUGCCUUGUCAAAUAUUCAGGCCAUGUGGGCUCAGUAAAUUCCAUAAAAUUUCAUCCCUCAGAGCAGUUGGCUCUCACUGCCUCUGGAGAUCAGACUGCUCAUAUUUGGAGAUAUGUGGUACAGCUGCCGACACCCCAGCCUGUUGCCGACACUAGUCAACUAUCUGGAGAAGAUGAAAUAGAAUGCUCUGAUAAAGAUGAGCCUGAUAUCGAUGGGGAUGUGUCCAGUGACUGCCCUACCAUUCGGGUUCCACUGACAUCUCUCAAAAGCCACCAGGGAGUGGUCAUAGCUGCCGACUGGCUGGUUGGAGGGAAGCAGGCAGUGACAGCCUCAUGGGACAGAACAGCAAACCUAUAUGAUGUCGAGACGUCUGAACUUGUUCAUUCUCUCACAGGGCAUGACCAGGAGUUAACGCACUGUUGUACACACCCCACCCAGCGGCUUGUGGUGACCUCCUCUCGUGACACGACUUUCCGCCUCUGGGAUUUCAGGGACCCUUCCAUCCACUCUGUGAAUGUUUUCCAAGGACACACAGACACUGUGACCUCGGCUGUGUUCACUGUGGGAGACAAUGUUGUUUCAGGCAGUGAUGACCGCACAGUAAAAGUCUGGGACUUAAAAAAUAUGAGAUCCCCAAUUGCAACCAUUCGCACAGACUCUGCCAUUAACAGGAUCAAUGUAUGUGUUGGCCAAAAAAUCAUAGCCCUUCCCCAUGACAACCGACAAGUGCGAUUGUUUGAUAUGUCAGGAGUGCGACUAGCACGGCUUCCCCGGAGCAGUCGACAGGGCCACAGAAGAAUGGUGUGCUGCUCAGCGUGGAGUGAAGACCACCCCAUAUGCAACCUGUUCACCUGUGGGUUUGAUAGGCAAGCCAUUGGUUGGAACAUCAACAUUCCUGCAUUGUUACAAGAAAAAUAAGGUCGCCAGUGUUCCUUAAUUUUGUGGUUUGCCAUGGACCUUUGAUUCAUGCAGCCUUUUCUGCAUAUUAAUCAGCCAUUUUUGUGAGAGUUUGACCCUGGGAAGGGUGCUUUAUAUAUGUUGUUUUCACAUUGUGCCCAGCUUGCAUGAAAUGUACAGAAAAAUGUUUGAUCAUAUUUUUUAUUUUUCCCAUAUAUAUAUAUAUAUAUAUAUAUAUAUAUGUAUAUAUAUUGGCAUCUUCUGGUCAGUAGAAGUGAAGCUCACCUCCCAUGUAGCACAUUCAAUGCUUGUGAGUUGUUGACAUUUGAGAGAAGAACAGUAGGGCAUUACAUGUGUGUGAAUUAAAUGUGAACCUAUGUACUUACCGUGAGGCAUAAACAGUCUGUUACAUUUUCUGGAAUAAUUAUACAUAUCUACCUUGUACUGGGAAGAUUGCAGAGCUGCAUUUGCAUUGGCUAGUGAGUGACAGGAAUGAGCAAAGAUUUCACAUUUACUUCUGUAUGACAUUUUAGCAUGUGCUGUUGUUAAAACUGAAUUAGUUUUAACUUUUAAUUUCUAUUAUAGUUAUGUAAAAAUAACCUGGAUUUGCAACAUUCAGAGUUUCUUUUGAGAAGAAAACAUUUCUGUUCUUUUUAUAGAAAAUCAUUUCAAACUCCUGAGGUCUCAUACUAGCAAAUUCAACAAUACGAUUCUAAUCACCAAUUUUAGAUAUUAAGCAAAAUUUAAGCACUUUAGUUUAAAGCUGUGGUUAUAAACAGUUUUUAGAAGUUUCAAAUGAUAUCCAUUGAAUGUGACUUGACCUUUAUAAGAAAGCCCUGCUACCUGAAAGCAAAAUCUUAUUUAUUUUUUACAUCUUUGGUUUGCAUAUUUCUAAAAUGAGUUCACUUCCUUGGUGGUAUUUGAGAGCCAACAAUGCAAAUAAAUGAGUACUACCUCAAAAAUAAAUAUUUGGGAAACUUUGGAGUCUCACUGUUACCUAGCUAAAGCACUUUUGAUGUAAAGCUGGAAUACUGAAUUCAAUAUAGAAGGCAAGAAAGACAAUCAUACCAAAUGUACCUUGAAGUUAAAAGGUUCUUCAGUUAGGCUAAUAAGAUGAUUACCAUAACAACUAGUUCACAGGUAACCAGGAUACUUUUGUCUUGAGUAGCUGGGAUGCCUGUCAGUGCCAGUUCUGCUGUUGUUCAAGUGAGCCUGUUAUUCUUGCCUUCUCAGAAAUUACUGUUCAUCUGAUAUUUGUAAGUUAAUGUUUCUUGUUGAGUUACAGUUUUGGUAAAGAGACAUCUCACUUACUGCCCCUCUUUAUUUGUACUGUAAUCCUUUACAUGUGGCCUUUUGGAGGCUGAUCACUUGGAGAGGCACAGAAAAGAAGGUGAUAUUUAAACUACCACAGUGACACACUUCCCACCCCUCCCAGUUCUUUAUGUUUACCCUUGUUUGGUGGUGACACAGGAGGGCAACAGAGCAGGUAACUGGUUAGUAGCCAGUGGAUAAAGUGUAGUACUGUUGUACAUGGGACAUUUGAGUGUUCUUUGGUAGAACAAGGACAAGAGUGAGAAAUGCCUUGUUAUUGGCACAUUUUACAUAGGUCCUACAAGAUUUGAUCUUAGGAACUUCAUAUCUGAAUCAUUCAGAAAUGAUUCUGAAAUGACUGGUAUAGCCAGGAAAGAGGGACCCAGGAAUAACCAAUAAUGAUGUAGUACAGAGUUGAGGUUGCUAACUAAGAGACAAACCAUGAGUGUUUUAAAGUAAUUUUAUUUCUUAAGCCCAAAAAUUUAUUGUUUUUAAAGUCCAACAUUUUCUCAUCACUAGUUCUGACCAGUGUUUGUUGAGAACUGACGUCAGGCUGGUCGUCAUUGUUGUUGAUUAGAAUUUCAAGUCUCAGCACUCCUCCUGUCCUGAGUGUAUUUUGCUUGUACUGAAUCAAGGUAUGUGCUGUGGCCUAAUUUUACCUUAAAGUGAGAGAUGAUUGCCACAUCCCCUCUCCACUGCAUAUGCAAAGCAGAAACAUACAUGACUUACAAUGGUGAGCUGCACAGGCUACAUUCUUGGGUUCCUUGUGUUUUAAUUUGGAAGUGUGGAUGUCUUAGGAUGAUAGGAACAUUAAAAAUGUAUACAAAUAGUGAAAUCAAACCUAGAAACCAGAUUUCUGCCAGAUGAAAAUAUUGUGAAGCUUUUAAAAAUAUGUAUUUAUGAUGGCCAUUUAGUUCUAUGCAGACUAGUGACUUUCACUGCCAAUAGCUGCUCACCUUCUCUUGCUAAUUGGAGGGACCAGCCUCUGACACCAGAAUUGAGGCUCCUCACUCAUUUCCAUGAGUGUGGAAGACGCUAACGGUGCUUAAGCAGAGUUCUCAGGAGCAGGAUGUGACUUACUGUUAACUACUGUGUCAUCUUCUAACGUAAUUUUAUCCCACUGCUGCUGUGGCCAUAAGUGUUGUUAUUUUCAAGGGAUUAGGAAUAGUGCAUGUGUGCUGGGGUGUGUGUGUAUGCGAGUAUGUGUAUAUGUGCAUGUGGCGAAAAUUAAGUCAUAUUACCAGCCACAUGUGAUCUCAUCUGAAAUAGUGUUUGGAAAUAGGAACACUAUUAUGUGCUGACAUGUCCAGAAUUUCAUUUAAUAAUGGAAGGAAAAUGUGUGGUUAUUUAAAAAUGUAUGUUGAUACAAAAUUUCCUAAGAGGUUUUGUUGUUGGACAAAACAGGACUUUUUCUCAAAUACUGCACACCAGUUUCUGUAGAGUCAAGUGUUCUUUCUGUACAUACUUUUGGGAUCUGAAGACUAUGUAAAUCAUGUGUUACUUAAAUCUGUGAAAAAAAGUUUGGAGGAAAAAGUACGCAUUUAUGAGUGUCCUGUGGAAUCAGUUAUUUUUAUUGUAUUGAUGUAAUUGUUUUUAAGUGUUAAGUGUCUUCAUUGCAAUAUGAAAUUCAUUAAAACAUCCAUGUUCCAUAAUUACUAUUA